AUGCGAGGUCAAGGGUAUGAUGGUGCUAGCAAUAUACGUGGUGCAUGGAAUGGACUACGAGCUCUAUUUCUCAGAGAUUGUCCUUAUGCAUAUUAUAUACAUUGCUUUGCUCACCAACUACAAUUGGCAUUAGUUGCAAUAGCUGGAAAUGAGAUUUCUAUUUGGUUAUUUUUCUCAAAAUUGACAACCAUUAUCAACCUUAUUUGUGCUUCUCCCAAAUGUCAUACCAAGUUACAUUAUGCUCGGGCUAUAAAAAUUGCACAUAUGGUAGCUACUGGAGAACGUGAGACUGGUAGAGGGGCUAAUCAAAUUGAUAUGUAUAGUGCAACUAUUACUGUGCUUGAAAAUAUGGUUCAAGAAGGAUCUUCUAAUUCUAUACGUGGAGAAGCUAGUGGUUGUUUGAUUCAAAAAUCUCUUGACAUCUUAAGUGCAAUGGAUCUUGUAUCAACUACUAAAGCAUUGCUUCAAACUUUGAGAGAUGCCAAAUUUGAUCUUCUCCUUGCAAAUGUGCAAUUUGUUUGCACAAAAUAUGAGAUUGACAUACCACAUAUAAAUGCUUCGUAUAAAAAGGCUACAGGUCGUUCAUGUCAACAACAAGGUUCAGUGACAGUUUACCAGCAUUAUCAUUAUGAUAUAUUUAACUCAACAAUAGAUUUUCAGUUAGAAGAAUUAAAUUCUAGAUUCAGUGAUGGGAUAGUGGAACUCCUUAUACUUAGCUUUGCUUUAGAACCUAAGGACAACUUUAAAUUAUUUAAAGUUGAUGCUAUUUACAAGCUUGCUAAGAAAUUUUAUCCUGAAGAUUUCAAUGAACAAGAGAUGUAUUAUUUGAGAUCUCAGCUAAAGCAUUAUCAGAUUGAUGUGAUUUAUCAUGAGAGCUUUCAGAAUAUAUCUAUCAUUUCUGAAUUAUAUCGAGGAUUAGCCGAAACAAAUAAGUCGCAGUACUAUCAUUUGAUUGACAGGUUGAUUCGUCUUGUUUUGACUUUGCCUGUUUCCAUUGUCACUAUAGAGUGGACAUUUUCAGCUAUGAAACAUGUUAAAACUAUGCUUCGCAAUAAAAUGGAAGAGGAUUUCUUAGCAGAUUCUAUGAUGAUUUAA